AUGAAGUUGUUGUCUACUUUCUUUGGUUUAUCUACUUUAGCAUUAGUUCAUUGUAAAGCUUUUCUGGAUUAUAUAGAGCCUGAGGUAAUACGAGAAAACUUACGGUAUUUUACUACGGAAACUCAUGUGGCUGGAACGCCAGCUAAUCUAAGAGUAGCUGGCAAGAUAGCCGAAAAAUGGAGUGAAUAUGGACUGGAAGGUCAGUUUAAGUUUAAAGAUUGGGAAGAGGGCAAUAAAGUAAGGGGUGGAUGGGUAAUCAAUUUUUGAAAAAAAACUUUAAAGAAGUAAAGUAUGGUAAUCUAGAGAGAAGGAGGAAAUACGGUAUUUUUAGUAGAUCAGUUUAUAUAAUAGUUAUAGACUUGCAAUAGCAUAAAAUGAAGAUUUUUUGAUUUUGUUGCUAUCUAUCAUCAAAAGUAAUAUCUUUAGACGUUGGCUACAAAACAUACGAAGUCCUACUGAGCUACCCCAACUUUACCAGCCCAAACACAAUAACAAUAUCUGAAAAUGGAAAGUCUGUAUUCCACAGUACAGGCAGAAGUACAGUAAUCCUUCCUGACGAACAAGGUGCACCUGGAGCUGACAUUCAAUGGUUGGCGUAUGCUGGAGAUGGUCAUGUCAAGGGAGAGCCAGUGUUUUGUAACUACGGAACUGCCAAUGAUUUUGAGACUUUGAAGAAGUUGGGUAUCAGUCUAAAAGGCAAGAUAGCUGUAGUUAGAUAUGGGAAAGUUUAUAGAGGUAACAAGGUCAAAUUUGCUCAAGAUGCUGGAGCUGUAGCAGUGAUAUUAUACUCGGACCCAGCUGAAGCCGCAGAGGCUGGUACAGAGAAAAGUAGGGGCUAAAAAUUGUACUAAAUAACUUGUAAACUUCAACGAAAUGAUUUAUAUAACUGAGCUUCUUAAAAACUGUAAAACAAUAUAUAACAAUAUAUAUUUAAACACCUUUUCUAGAAAACGUAUACCCUAACAAAGAUUACAUGCCCCAUCAUGGUGUACAAAGAGGAUCACUGAUAAUGAGAUCUGGUGACCCAUUGUCUCCGAUGUAUCCGGCCAAGAAGGACCUUUCCUACAACACUACUAUUGAUGAGGUCAGUUAUAAUAUAAUAAGUUCGCUGUAAGACGUAGCUCAAUCUAUUUUAUACAAAUUAAUAACAAAUAUUUAUAGCUACUUAUCUCAGAGAUAGAACAAGAAAGACAGCUUUUUAUUGUAAAAUUCUGGUUAAAAAUUUAAUUUUUGGAAAUUUAGUUGAAAAAAGCACAAAUAUUGCCGACGAUCCCAGUAUUACCAUUAAGUUACAGUGAUGCCUAUGAGAUAUUCAAGCGAUUGGAAGGAGACCAGGUGCUAAAAGAAUGGCAGGGAGGACUUAAUGUACUAUAUCGAUUUGAAGGAAAAAUGAAAAAUAAUGCCUUACUAGAAGUUGACGUACAUUCUGGUUUAGAGAAACGGUAAGACAUAUGUAAAUAAUAUUUUUUUAUACAUAAUUCACGUCUAUUUUCCUAACUUUUAAAAUUUUUAUAGAUUUUUAGUGAAAUCCAGAACGUAAUUGGCUACAUAAAAGGCGAGACCGAGCCAGAUCGUUAUGUUAUGUUAGGCAAUCACUUCGACGCCCGGGUUUUUGCUUCAAUAGAUCCAAACAGUGGUACUGCCAUUCUGAGUGAAAUAGCCAAAGCUUUAGUCCAGGCUAAAAAGGACGGAGUUUUCAAGCCGAAACGUACUAUUGUCUUUUGUAAUUCGGAUGCUGAAGAGUACGGUCUAGUCGGGUCAAAUGAGUUCGUGGAAGAGUUCGCGAACAUUCUACGAGAUCGUGCUGUUGUCAUGCUUAAUGUAGACCUGAUUUCAGGAAAUGCUACGGUGUAAGUUGAUAUGGUAUAAUAUUUAUUUCUUACUGUAGUUAGAGGUUUAUAUAUUACUGUUUUUUUGUGUAAUAUCACAAAAUUUUUUAGAACUGCUGAUACACUGCCAUCUAUAUAUGAAGUUGUAGUAAAUGCGGCCAAAAAAGUACCAAAUCCAGUAAAAUCUGAAGUCGAACAAGGAAGAAAGACCAUCUAUGACACAUGGUAA